AUGUUUAUGAGUGUGAAGGAACGCGCGCGCCAGAUCGCCAGUGGGCAAUUUUCUCAGCCAACUACAAGCGCUCCUGAUGAGUCUUUGAUUGAUCUUGCGCCUGAACCUAAGCCUGCGACACCGGGGAAGAAGGGAAAGAAUGUUGCAAAAGAAGCACCUCCAAAAGCAGCCGCUACGCCCUCGAAAACAAAAGCGUCAAAAGCCGCGGCUCCUAAGGAAUCUACGCCAAAGGUUAAGCCUUCACAGAAAGCACCUCCCGAGGCAGCACCCCUAAAAGCCACACCAAUAGCCACAGCAAUAGGCGCAUUCCCGAAGACACCAACCUCAAAGACGACCACACCACCUCCAGAGGCCCCCACACCUAAGAAGUCUUCUUCAAAGUCAAAAUCAAGCAAGGAACCCUCGAAGCCAUCCUCUCCCAAGAUCGGGUCUUCGAAAUCCUCUUCGUCAAGCAAAGUCACGCCGCAACCAAAGGUCCCGUCCUCGCCCAAAGUCGCACCACCAACAAAAGCCUCAUCAUCAACAAAGUCCACGUCCUCCAAACCAUCUUCCACACCCUCCAAAUCUAAACGCUCCAAAUCCCCUCCCAAACGCGUCGACUCUCCCCUCGAAGACGACGACGACCCGCUCUCCGCGCUCAAAUCCGCCUGCCUCAAGCAAGUCUCCGGUGUGACCGGCCUCGGCGGACGACGCCUCGCCAUCGUGCUCAAGCAGCGGUCGACAGGGGAGUGGUAUGCCGCGCUCAAAGACACAGGGUCGGACAAGUACUUGAAGAUGUGGAUGAACAGGGAGAAGACGUUUGCGACCAAGCAGGAGGCGCUGGAGGCAUAUCUUGUGUUUGCGACGAAGAUGAAGAAUGGGGUGAGCUGGUUUCCUAUGAGCCCUCGGGCGAGCAGUCCAAAGGGGAAGAAGUGA